CUACUUGUAGUAUGUAAAAACAAAUUUAAACAGCUCCUGUUAUUGUUUUUUUCAGGGAAUAACCUGUUUGAUAUUAAUAUUAUAGGAGAAAUUGGGGGACAGUUCAGUAUGCUAUUAUUUACAAAUGUCCCUUUCAGACAGUUUCCUCACAUUGUCAGUUCAGAUCAUCAAGGUAACUUGAGGCUGUAGCGUAAUUUCAUUGUCAUGAUCCAAAGUCCAACUGUUGCAACAACAUGAAACAACUUCGGCUACGGAAAGGACUGGAAAGGGUUGAAACUGUCGUCUCAGUACUCAUCAAGGAUGACUAAUACUCACCUGUACAGGGACUGAUCCACUGAGGCCACAGGAUGGCAAAAAGUGUAAUGGUGGCUUAUGCCCUGUGGGCAGCAGGUGGGCCUUUGGGCCUUCACCAUUUAUAUUUAGGACGGGACAGCCAUGCUCUGCUGUGGAUGCUGACCCUGGGAGGAUUUGGCUUUGGCUGGGUGAGAGAGUUCCUACGUAUUCCUGCAUAUGUCGGUGAGGCGAAUCAAGAUGCAGAGAAAGGGAGAAAAAGACCCCCCACCAUGGCCCCGCCACCUGUGGGCCCUGUCAGAUUUGCAGGGCAGGUGUGUGUUGGGAUCUAUUUUGGCACUGUGGCCCUGAUAGGACUCAACUCCCUCAAUUUCUUCUACUUGAUCGUCCUGCCUUUAUGUGUGGGCGCAGGAGUGCAUCUGGUGUCCAGUGUUGGCCAGCAGACCUCAGAUCUCCAAAAAACUAUGACCACUUGUCUCAUAACCUCCUCAUUAUUCUAUGGCAGCACCUUAUCGCCUCUCCCUAUAAGCCUGGCUGCCAGCGUCACUGCCGCACAGCACCGCAAGUUCAAACCCCCACAGAGACUGGAGAGCAAACAGGAACUGGGUCCGCGGCUUUUCAGGCUCAGUCUGGCCUGGCUUGCCUUCUCUGCUCCGCUGGGUUACUGUAUUUUCCAUAACACCACAGCCACACUGUACUACCUGUCAGACUGUGUGGCAGCUCUGCUGGAUAUCUUCUGGUUCCUGCCUUGGCUCAGGAGUGUGGUCGAGUACAUUCUUUUAAUGCCUUAUCGGAUCCUGUGUGUUUUUACAGGAGGGGGUUACUAUGAAGAGGCUUGGAGGAAGGUGCUGGAAAUACUGCUCAGAGAGUACACUGAGAAAGAAAAGGAGGCGCUGAAGGUGUUGUCAUUACAACCAGAGGCCUCACUUGAGGAGAUAACUCACAGCUACAGGGAGCUGGCUAAGACAUGGCAUCCGGACCACAACCCCGGCAAGGAUGCAGAGGCCAUGUUUGUGAAGAUCCACGAGGCUUAUGAGAUCCUCCUGCGACGGCACAAACCUCACAGAUUCCGAUAGUUGCCCUUCAUUCCUCACCGCCUGGCCUUUAUCAUUUUCUUUGUCAGUCACUAUUUCCAUGCUACACAAAUCAGAAACAUGCACAGAGACCUGCAUUGUGUUGAUAUUAUCACACAGCUGUCUGAUUGGUGACUUGGCAGAGUUGGUCUGAGACAGCAGUGUGCUGCCACCUAGUGGUGCUACAGGUGUAAUGUCGACAUAAACUAUUUCAGCACAACAAUUUGACUUAUUUUUCGAAUUCUGUGUGUAUGCUUACUAUUUAACUCUAAACUAGCUUUAAAGCUUACCUAUCUUUUAAUUUCACAUCAUCCAAUGUUUUCAUCAAUGAUGAAUUUAUGUAAUAAUUAUGUAAUAAAGGUUUACAUUCAGCCUUAGCAGCCAAAUAGAAAGUAAGAAAAUGUAAAAUAACCCGCCUACUCCAUUUUCCACAUGCAUUUCCGGAAGAGGCCCUGAUCACAAAACAGUGUCUGAGUUCCCCAUUCAUAUCUUGAUUCCAUCCAGCCGGUCGAUCCGCGUGUUGUCAGGUAUUUCUCCAAACAAACAUCCACAUACAUCAGCCUGAGCUCUUCUGUGGAGCCCGUGUGCUCCUCUCAUUGGUAUAAAUGUCACCUCAUGUUGCCACCUGUGCCCAAAGCUGA